GUGAAAAUAUGGUUCCAGAACCGGCGUAUGAAAUGGAAACGGAGUAGGAAGGCUCAGCAUGAAGCUAAGACUAUAAAACAACAACAGUCGUCGGGGCAGGAGGCUCUAUCGUCCGGAGCGAACGAGCCCGAACAACCGGAGGCCAAAGACCAUAACAACACGACCGUCAGUUCGCCGAGCGAAGGUCCUACUUCACCGGGAAGUCCAUCGGUGGAGGCAACCCGAGAUGCUGUGGAAGAACAGCAGUUUUCUCCUCUCCCAGCCGCCCCCGACAUGCUUGUUUCUUCACCAGCAUGUGCGCAGUUAGUGUCCGGGGCUAAUAACUUGCUGGUGGCAGCUAGGUUGUCGGUCUCUGCUUCACGGGUACCUGGCCAGCAAGAAGGAAUUUACAGACCUUAUGUAGUGUGA